GAUUGCCGGGCAACAGUAGCGGUGGGGUUUGCAAAGAUGUUUGCAGCCCUCUGCCUGGAAAAUGUGGUAAUAAUAAAAAUAUGUUCUGAAGAAAAAGCACUUGAAAGAUGUGCAUCUCCAACAAGUAUCUGUAAGAAGGUUUGCAUCCUUCAAUCUCUUUUCAGUAGAGGACCAGAAUAUGGAAGAGGAAACUGGGACCUGGGUUCAGUAUAAAAGCGUGUUUUAUCCCGAGUAUAGUGUGUCCUUAAGAUUUCACAAUGGUCUCUUAAAUGUUAAAGAUGUUCUUACAAGUUUUGACAACACGGGGAAUGUCUGUCUCUGGCCAUCUGAAGAAGUGCUGGCUUACUACUGCCUAAAACAUAAUGAAAUAUUCAGGGACCUUGCUGUGUGUGAGCUGGGGGGUGGCAUGACAUGCUUGGCUGGGCUCAUGGUUGCUAUUUCUGCAGAUGUCAAAGAAGUUCUGUUAACUGAUGGAAAUGAAAAGGCCAUCAAAAAUGUAAAUGAGAUCAUCACAAGAAACCAAAAUGCUGGAGUAUUUAAGGCUCAGAAAGUGUCAAGCCGCAUUUUACGAUGGGAUAAUGAGACAGAUGUCUCUCAACUGGAAGGACAUUUUGACAUUGUUAUGUGUGCUGACUGCCUGUUUCUGGACCGGUACAGAGCUAGCCUUGUUGAUGCAAUAAAGAGAUUACUCCAACCCAGUGGAAAAGCAAUGGUAUUUGCUCCACGCCGAGGGAAUACUUUAAACCAGUUUUGCAAUCUAGCUGAAAAAGCUGGUUUCUCUAUCCAAAGACAUGAAAAUUAUGAUGAACACAUUUCGAACUUCCACUCCAAGUUGAAAAAUGAAGAAAAAGAUACAUAUGAGGAAAACCUCCAUUACCCUUUUCUUCUCAUUUUAACCAAACACAGAUAGAAGAUGACACCUUUUUUUGUUUUAAGAUGGACUACUGAAAAUUAAUCCAUGUAUGUGAAUGGUCAGAGAGUUCAUUUUCCCCCACUUAUGUUCCUGAAUCAUCAUUCUAAUCUAAAUUCUGAGGAAGAUAUUGUGGCUUGCUUUGCAGAGUGUAAACAUUGAGACAUCUUUUUUGUAUCAUUUUAGAACUUAUUUUUCCAGUUAUAUUCCAGCCUAAAACUGAUCAGACUUCACAUUUAUGCAUUAACAAAGGUGUAAAGCUCGCUUCCUUCUCUUUUGUGCCUUUAAACUUGCAUGUACUUUGUUAAUCUGUUUAAAUGCUAUUUUUGAGGUGUAUUUGAAAAUAUAUGAAAAAUAUACUUUGUGGGCUUAUAUAACUGCUUGUAAAGAAGUAAAUGCAUUGACAUUUAACUAGUAAGGAAAUAGUUGUCUAAAGAUCUUUUAAAAGUGCACCUAUUGAAUACUUGGAGUUUUCUGCUUGUUUUAGUUUCACUGUUGAUUUUUCUAUCCAUGAUUGGAAAGUCCUCAUUUGCUUCAGUGUUGAAGGCUUUUUUUCUGUAUGUGUGGAUGUAUGUUUUUUUCCAGCAGGACUUUUCUUCCUGUAGAUGUAUAAGAAAUUAUGCAUCAGACAAAAGCCUCAUAAACUGACCAUUUGUCCUUUGGACACAAUAGCCUGCCCAGCCCCUCUGCUCCUCCUCUCCAAUUAUGUGUGAUUAGUCUCAGUGUGUUGUGUCAAGAAGGGGGAGUGUGCUGAGUGCUUAUUAUCUGUUUAGGUACAAGAAGAGCACAUUUAGGUUCUGACUAUGAAUGGAAAGUGAGCCUUUAUCAGGACUAAAAUCUAAAUGCUACUAUCCUAGAAAUGGCUUUUGAAAAAACACAUCUUUUUUUGAUAAUAUAACAGCCAAGGGAUUUUAUAGUGUAAGAAAACUAUCUCCCUUGAAUUAGUUUAUAUUGGGAUAUAUUGUGGCCCACAUUUUUGAUAAACAUUUAAUGUGA